AAAAAAAAAAAACUUUUUCUUCUUUCUUUCUCUCUCUCUUUUCUUCUUGUCAUCUCAACAUACACACUAUGCAAAAUCACUUCAUGAACCAAGCUGAGGCCUUUCAUAUUAACCCCUAUAUGUAUCUUUGCGAUAAAUUCACAAGGUAAAAGAUUUAAGAUUUUUUUUUCAAAUAAGAAUGCAGCAUUUACAUAUUAUGAAAAGCCCAACUUCAUUGGAAAAGGAUGUGUAUAUCUCUCCAAAGGAUUGCCAGAAGAGAAGAAACAGCCACCUUUUUCGUCAUCUUAAGAACACCAAGAGAACCAGGAAAUCGAAAAAGAUUAUAUUGGGCAAACCAUGCAAUGGCAAACAGAAAAUGAGCCUGCAAGAGCUGAAAGCAUUGAGCCGACAGAUUAAGCCUUUGUCGGCAGCAUCCGAUGCUUCCAAUAAAUUGAAGCCCCGCGACUUGCCUGUUUGUUCUUCCUACCAUCAUCAGGACGAAGAGAAGAGAAGCAUUGCGAUGCUUAGUCGAUGUCUGAGAGAAAACAUGUAUAGAGCUAAAUCGAGAAUGCUGGACAGUCUAAAGAAAUCAGAUGCGCCUCAAGAUGCCCAAAUUUAUAAAAUUCUCAUCAGUAAAUCCACGGGCUGUGAAGGUACAACUCCUGAUUUGGGCAACAGCGAUAAUGAGGAUGACUGCAGUAGUGUAAGCACUCUAUCUUCUCUUCAGUUUCGAUUGAUGGCAGAUGAAGCAGGCAAAGUUUCUGUCGUCUUGUCUGACCCUUCCCAACAGCAGGAUAACAAUGACAGCUGUGGAUUCAUGCCAGUGUAUACCCCUCCUAUGAUGAACGUCUUUCAAAAUCCUUGGUCAGUUCAAGAGAAAGACAACAAUUAUGAUGUGACUGAAGAUCAGAUAAACUCUUGGUUGCAACGCGGUGGUCAUGACGAUAGUAUGAGCCUAAUUACUAUGGCGACAGAUCAAGAACUGGCUGAUUUGUUAGAUUUUGAUAUGUAACCAUCCGCACGCACAUACAUUUAUAUAUAUAUAU